AACAUUAACCCAGCGCCAAUUCGGCAAUAGACUCAUCCGACGCAGGUCAGCGCGCGGUCAAAACAUACGGCAUAUUUAGCCCCGGAAUUAGCAUGUCCAUUUUUUUUAGCGCCGCAAUACUUUGAGUAGUUGAUAAACCAUUUGGCGAGUGUCGAGUUCGAGCAAGGACAGUGUUCAGUGAACGGUAUGUCUCUGUCCCUUUUCGCCUGCAAGGGCGGAAUACCGCACACAGUCGGACACCUUGAUCAUGGUCAACUGCUACGCUUGUCCCACCCGAAGAUACGUGCACCAUGCAGCAGAUUCCGUCGGCGCUUGCAAUAUGCAUUAUGGCCUCGUCCUACCUCCCUAGGCUUUUAGGAGCAUCGGCUCAGGCAAUUGCGCACGCCGCCAAUCAUUCACGAGAUGGCGAUCUCCUUGGACACGAAGGCACCGCUGUCGUUAUUCUCAAUGUCGGCCCGUGGCAAAUUCCAGUGGAAACUGUUCGGAAGGCUGCGCAUUACUGGAAGCAGUUGAAUCUUGUCCGUGUUGCUUGGCGUUCGGGCUUGGAGUGGCGCAGUCAAGAAUGUGGGAAGAACAAAAUUGUCGCCUGGUGGGCAUCCGCGAACUGCGAUAAGCUAUGUAAUAAAUGCAAAAUGGA